AUGGCCAAAUCCUUCCCAGUACUCUGCUCACUUCUGUUCUUUAUCGUGAUACAUUUGACGUUACCUUCGGUUUCAGGCCCUCCACACUGGUGGCCACCACAUGGAAAUAUUAAGGUGAAAUGUCCAUAUAAGAAAGGAUUGAGUUGGUUCAAUGGAACAGUGAACCCCUGCCCUGGUAUAUAUCAACCCAUCUGUGGCAACAAUUUGUUAACCUAUGAAAAUCCCUGCAUCUUGUGUGUUGAGAGCAUGAAAUCUCAGGGAAAAAUUAGAUUUCUGCAUGAUGGAAAAUGCUGAGUGGACUCAGACAUGAAAGAAGUACCUUUUUUUAAUCUUUCCAUUGAGAAAAUCCUUCUCUUGCAACUCACCCCUCC